AGGCAUUCGUGCAGACCAAGUAGUUCUCUUCCGAAGUCAACGUAGAGCCAAGGAAGACUCACUGUACACAGUCACAUACAUGUAAACACACAUUAUCGAGGGAUCUGAAAAUUGUGUUCGGUCUGGAAAGAAAUGGAAGACGGAGGAGGGGUGUCGAAGGCAGUGGCAGUAACGGCUUGUACAACAAUGGCUUUAUUGUACGUUGCAAUUCUCUACGCACCGACUCUAAUACUUCGCCUCUCACCACCCAACUCCUUCGAGACUUUCUUGAUUCGACGCUUCAUAUGCGCUGCUGUUUCCUCCAUCGUCUCGGUCAUCCUCUGUGCAUUCAUAUUGCCUAUAAAAAGCUGGGAGCUUUCUUAUGUGUUUGGUGUUUAUGGCAUCAGAUCAGAUCAUAUUUGGCAGGCUGUGGUCUUUCCUCUUUCCUUGACUUCUUUAAUGUACGCUGGGUCUUUGGUCCUAAAGUCCCUAUCACUGCUGAAUUCUUUAAACGAACAUUGGAAUAGUCUCGGAGACCAUGCAUCUGACUGUAUCAAGAAUGUUCUGCAAGAAUUUACUGGCUGGAUGUUUUCAGUUGCUUCCAGUGUUUCAGCUUGGCGUAAUUACUUUGUGGCACCACUUACAGAAGAGCUGGUAUUUAGAGCGUGUAUGAUUCCUUUGCUUCUCUGUGGAGGAUUUAAAACAUAUACUGUAAUAUUUUUCUGCCCUAUAUUCUUCAGCUUGGCUCAUCUAAAUCAUUUGUUGGAGUUGUAUAUGCAGCAAAACUAUAGCUUGCUAAAAGCUUGCUCAAUUGUAGGUCUUCAGCUUGGAUACACUGUGAUUUUUGGGUGGUAUGCGUCAUUUCUGUUCAUUCGAACAGGGCAUCUUAUUGCUCCGCUAGUUGCCCAUAUAUUUUGCAAUAUUAUGGGCUUGCCUGUUAUGUAUUCCCAGAGGAAAGGGAUGGUUGGUGUGGCAUUUAUAGCCGGAAUGGUUGGUUUCGUGUGGCUUCUUUUUCCAGUCACAAGUCCGGAUUUGUAUAAUGGUAGAACAGAUUAUUGCAGGUGUUGGCAUAGAUAUUGUACGCGAAACUAAACCUUUGAAUUCUUAAAUGAAUGUAUAAGAAUAAAAAUUGGGACACAGAAAUACAAAAGCUUGACCUUUUGUUGUUGUU